AUGAGAAAAUAUGCCUCAAUUUUCAAAGAUAUUAUUUGUGUUGGUGGUUUUUCAGUUUUUACUUGUGGUUACAGCAGCAACAUCAGUGGCAAGUCAAAAGAAAUAACAUGCAUGAAUGAGAGUGGUAAACCAGUAGAUUGGUGGGUCAUCAGUAAACUCCCAGUUAUUUCGUCAGAGCUUCGCGGUACCAAAUUUCACGAUGGUUACGCCUAUGCCUAUGCAGAUGCAGAUUCACCAGAGCUGGUGAUGUCUGAUAUGGCAAUCAAUGACACUACCACUGCCUUGGCAUACACUCUGGAACCGAUCUAUGGUGAUACAUCGCAAUCUGGUGACCUACUUUGGUUACUCUACAACGACCAGCCACCCGAGUCCAAGGUCAGCAGCAGCUACGCCCACUCCAAAGGUGUCAUUGCAUUCGACGACACCCAGGGAUUCUGGCUGAUUCACAGCACCCCAAGAUUCCCACUCGAUCCAUCGAAGGAGCCCUACCAAUUUCCAGCUAACGAACGUCUGAAAGGACAAUCGUUCCUCUGUGUCAACUACAGAUCGAACCAGUUUGAACAAAUCAUGAAGAAACUCUGGGUAAAUCGUCCGUAUAUCUACAAUGCCUAUAUCCCUGACAAAACAAGUCUUCCAGUCUCGCUUUUGAAUCAGUUGCUGGCCGGUGGUUUCCAAUCGAGUCCAACUGCAAUCACCAGUGUUCUGACAUCGAAAGGUGGAGUUCAGUUGAAUGUAUUCGCCAAGAACAGCGAGUGGAACGAUGACCUCUAUGAAGGUUUUGUCCAGGUGACAUUCGACCAGGAUAUGAUUGUCCAAUCGUGGAGACUCGGUGCCAACAGCACAAUCAUGCCAUCGUACUGCCGACCAGAGUAUAAAUAUGACAGUCUCAACAUCAUGAAGCUAUCGAUCAACGGAACCGAUGGAUCUCAAUACUCUUGGAAAUAUACUGUCGAUCACAGUAAAUGGGCAGCCACCCUUGAUUCCUCAGAGUCCACCAAAUAUAUUUGUAUCGGUGACAUCAAUAGAAUGAAAUCACAAUACCACAGAGGUGGAGGAACCGCAUGUUUAUCAGUCGAACCUCUUUGGAAAUCCUUUAGAGAUACCUCAUUAUUUAUCAGUGAAUGUCCAAAUACCAAAUCAAAAUAA